UGGAAUGAUGUGGUCGCCGAGAGCAAGAUUGUAGCUACCGGAUAGCGACGUUAGCUUGCUGGCUAGUUGUUCAUAAAUAUACCUUCGCGUAACCUCCCAUUAUUUUCGGCGAGGUGUUCUUUUAAUAACAUGCCAUGUGUAACAUGGCUGAGGAACGCGAGUUUUAACAAUUUGAAAAGAGGCCAAAGGUGAGGUCCGGUCCACGGCAAGAACGCUGGCGGCUGGGCGCUUUUUUUAUGCCUGACACCGCCGUCGCUUUCGGACAGCCAUGGCGGAGGUGAACGGCCAGCCCGGUUCGCCCCCCCGCGGGCCGUACCUGGCGGUCAUCACCAGCCGCGCCGCGAACGUGGCGAUCCGCGGGACGAUGCUGUUCUCCGUGGGCGUCUUCCUGGCGCUGGUGCUGAACCUGCUGCAGGUGCAGCGGAACGUCACCCUCUUCCCGCCCGACGUCAUCGCCAGCAUCUUCUCGUCCGCCUGGUGGGUCCCGCCCUGCUGUGGCACCGCCUCGGCUGCGAUUGGCCUGCUGUACCCCUGCAUUGACAGCUGCCUGGGGGAGCCCCACAAGUUCAAGCGCGAGUGGUCCAGCGUCAUGCGCUGCGUGGCCGUCUUCGUGGGCAUCAACCACGCCAGCGCCAAGGUGGACUUUGCGAAUAACGUGCAGCUGUCCCUGACCCUGGCCGCCCUGUCCAUCGGCCUGUGGUGGACGUUCGACCGCUCCCGGAGCGGGUUCGGGCUGGGCGUCGGCAUCGCCUUCCUGGCCACCCUCGCCACCCAGCUCCUGGUGUAUCACGGGGUCUUUCAGUAUACGUCUCCAGACUUUCUCUACAUACGUUCCUGGCUGCCCUGCAUCUUCUUUGCGGGUGUAAUAACGAUGGGAAACAUAGGACGUCAGCUGGCUUUGUACGAAUGCAAAGUCGUUCAAGAAAAGCCUCAUCAAGACUGAGAAAGCAGGAGCUGUUCACAUUCUGUUGCAUUUUAAAUGGGUAAAAUGCCAAAUUUCUUGUGUGUGGGUGUGUAUAUAUACAUACACACAUGCUACACAUACUCUCCACAGAAUAGUGUAAUUGCAGUUACUGCAGUUUAGUUUAAGUUUGGUAACCAGUGCAGUCUGUGAUUGCAUCUUUACCAUUUAAAAAAUGGCUUAAGCCUAGAACUCAAUUUUAGAUUUUUUUUAAGCAAGUAUGAAAAGAUCCACCUGUCUCAUGGUAUCUGUUUUCUAUGUCAAGGCGCACAAUUUUUUGAGAUUGGGGAGUAGCAUCUGUCACCAUGCAGCUAUAAUCCUGAGUAUUAACAAACGAGCUUGCAAAUUUCUUUUAGGUCGAGUUUUUAAAAACGUGAAGUACUAACUAAAUUCUGUGGCAUUCAAUGUCAUGGACCACUUAGGACACCGGGAUAUUAUUCUGAAUUAAUCAUGAUUGCAAUAGUUGUCAUGGGAGCUCUCUUUCGAGUGGUUUAAAUCAGGGGUGGGCAAGCGCGGGCCGUAUCCAUUUCUGGUUUUCACGCCAACCUCUGGCCUUAAUUGCUGAAUUAGCCCUAACAUUCAUGGUAUCUGACAAUUUUAGCUACAUUUCUUCUUGACCAUAAAUGGCAGAAGAAGACUUGUUCUUGUGUCCCCAUAUGAAACAUUUUACCGUGGUCUAAUCUAUGACAUGACCAGUGUUGGUGUAUCCAGCCAAUUAGCCCAUUUAGCCUGAGUAACUGGUGGAAACUAAAACCUGCAUACAUACCAGACCCUCCAGGACCGGAAUAGCCCACCCCUGGGUUAAAUUAAUACUUUUAUUGGCAUUUAGCAGACGCUCUUAUUCAGAGCCACUUACACAACUUGUUACACAGCAUUUACAUUGCAUCCAUUUACACAGCUGGCUAUGUACUGAAGCAGUGCGGGUUAAGUACCUUGCUCAAGGGUACAACGGCGGUGUCCUGCCCGGGGGUCGAACCUGUGACCUUCAGGUUAGGUUCCAUACCCAUCAUACUACACUGCCGCCCACCAUUACCCCAGUGCUCGUACUGCCUUCAUGACCAUCACUUGUAAUUACUGUGUCUUUCUUCCAUAGCUCGCUCCUCACUUAUACACCUAGUCCUUCAAGAACGGCUCUCUAGGUAACAGAAGCUGUAAGAGUUGAGUGGUCUUUUUUUUUUUUUUUUUACACAUCGGAUAUUCAUCAGUUAUCUUUGUUUGCUUAGUUUAUGAAACCUGAUACUUGGUGCAGUUCUGGUUUAAGGAAGAAAAAGACAAAAAUGGAGACAUGGCCGCUGGGUAUUUGAAAGAACUUGCUGCAGCUCAUAAGCACCUAAGAUUUGCGGCAUUUGCAGUUUAUAGAAUUGUACACAUGCCAAGCAAGCAGUCAGUUUCUCUCUCGUAGGUGUGAAACUGGGGCUCAAAUCAAGUGUUCUAAGGCCCUGCUCAGACCUGGCAUUAAAAUGCGUCUUGGGUGAUCCGAUCAUAAGUGGACAGCUCUAACUACAGGUGUGAAUGCACCCAAGACGCAUUGAGGACGCGUUGAGAUCCGAUCAUCCAGUCUGUUUUUGUUUUGAUUUUGCCCGUGCGCCAAGGUCUUUGCAAACUACUACUACUUUUAAUUUCCGGCAGACCAGGCUCAGGUAGUGCAUUGCUGCCUCUCGCCGGUUAAAAACAACAACGCAUUUGGUCUUUGCAAACGGAAAUGAUGUACGUGUUUAUUUGCAUAUUGAGCGGGGAAGUGAGAUCUGAUCACGAGUGGUCACUCGAGAUGCAUGUGGAGACGCAUUCUGAUGCCAGGUGUGAACUGGCAUCCGUCUAGACUGAAUCUAGACACAAUCUGGAUACAUCUAGAUACAAAGUACAGGUCUGAACAGGGCCUAAGCCGCAGUUUCUCAAACUAAUUUCUCAGGACAAGAUUUCUUUUUGGCUACAUUGUGCCAAACUGACUUUACCACAGAUGAAUGCUCCCCCCCCCCUUCAGAUUUGGUUUGGGUUAUGUAAAUGAGUGUUCUCAGUUUGUAGGAUAUAUUUAUUGCUUGCGUCAUCAAGACUACAUGGGGAAUAUAGGAUUUUGAGUACAGUAUAUACAUUUGGAGUUGGCCUAAAAAAGAAAAAAAGUAAAAUGGCUUGAUCUUAGUGUUAUACAAGGUACACGCCUUGGUCCUGAAGGGCCAGAAAUAUUUCAUAUUGUUGAUCCAUCUGAGCUUCAUGGUACAUUUUGAUAGAUUAAGAGUUGUGUCCAGGUCACCUUUGGUUGUUGAGCCUAACGAUUAGUACCAUUAUGUAAUUGGUUCAGAUGGAGUGGAAACCAUAAACCUGUCUGGUUAACCAGACCUAUCAUUACUCUUGUUCCAAGACACGGUGUUCAGCUGGCACAGUCACAAGAGUGUGUGUGUGGAUCUUCUUAUUCAUUGAUGUGUGUGGGGUGUAUAUGAUUUACAGGGCAUGAUUCAUUAAGGAUUUUUCAGUCUGGGUUGUAUUAAUUGCUUGACUUAAGAUAUGAGAGGACCUACUGCCAGUCUUUCUGUGGGUAUGAAAUGGGCACUAACAGUGUUAAAGCAAUACUUUCCCCCAAGAAUCUCUCGUUCCAGCACUGGUACACAUCCCAUUAUUACAUGUACUGCCACUGUUCAACUGGCAGUUACAAUUAGGGGCCUCACAAGUUAACUGGAAGUAGGCAUCCUUAUCUCAAUCUGAGGGAUGGUGUAAAAAGAAAGGAGAGCUUUGUGUAUGACAGGGGAAAUGCGGUUUCAUAUCAAAAAUGAAGGGAAAUUGUAUUUGAAUUUAUUUUUGAUUUUGAACAUAAAUGGUCCCCAUAAAAGGGACCAGUUAGGAAAAUGAAAUAUAGGAAGCAAUGUUUUUUUUUUUUCCUUUUUCCUUUAAUCAAUCGGAAAAGGGUUUUAUGUUAAAUAUUUGGCCACUUACAAAUAGGAGGUUAUAGUUUUUUUUGUUUUUUUUUUAUUCUCAGUAAAAUGUAAGCGAAAGUGGCAGUGGACAGGACAUGUGAAAGCUUAUGACCUUUGACCUUCUGUGGUCAACUGUGGAGAGGAGGCAGAGAAAACUACAGGCUCACACAUUGUUAGUUCCUGUAGCUCUUUGCAGAGUCACAACUUUAUCUGGUAAAAUCCUCUGAACGGAAUGUUUUUUUUUUUUAAAUGUUCAAUACUUAUCGUCUGGAAACGAAAAUUUAUGCAAUAAAUUUUAAAAAAUGCCUUGACGAAA